AUGGUGCGUGGAAACUCUCUAACUAAUGACUUAGGGCUUUUAGUUAAUAAUCCCCAAUAUAGUGAUUUAGAAAUUAAAUGUAAGAAUGGUGAUAUCCUUUACGGCAACCGUGCAAUACUUGCCGCUCGUUCUGGGAUAUUUAAUAGAACUCUUUAUGUCCGGGCUUCAGAAACUCCCGAAAAGCAGGUCUCUUAUCCAAAAAUCGAUGCAUCACACAUGAAGAUUAUUCUUGAAUAUCUGUAUACAGGAAUAGUUCAUGAAAAAGUCAUUACAGCCGACAAUGCCUUUGAAGUUUUACAUGCGGCGGAUUUCUUUCAAUUAGAAAAACUUCAAAACCUUAUUUCGGAGUAUUACAAAAAAAUGUGUAUGAAAGAAGGAAUUGAAAAUAAGGCUCCCGAGUUGUUAUCGAAAGCAGUUCAAUUAAUGUCGCCUAAAGCGGACAAUGGAACUAUUGAUUAUCUAAUAGAUAUAGUUGCCAAGAUUCCCUUAGAUUUUAUUGAAUUUGAUAGAUUAUCUCUUCAAGGUCUACAAUGCUUGUUAUCGAAAAGAGAUGAAAGAAAUGUAUUUGCAUCUAGUGAAUACUCUGUUUUUCGAUUGCCACCGUGGAUGAAAGUCAAAGAAGUAUUUCAAACCAUCAAAAGUAAUAGUUCGAUAAAUAAAGAAAUUAGCAAAUCGAUAGCUGACAUUAUAAAACCUGUUGUAGAACACAUCGACUUUAAAAGGAUCAAUCCGAAGAUUAUUAAAAAAAUAAUUGAACCAUUAGAUAUUGUUCCGUCUAAUAAAAUCCUAGAUUCUUAUCGGUUUUUAGCUUGUAUGGCAACUCCGUUAUCACCUUUUUAUGGAAUCGGCUUCUUUUGGGAUCAAAAUGGUUUUGGUGCCGGCUUAGAAAUCAGUAAAGAUAGACGCAACGUUCUGGCAUCCAAAACUGUUACUAGUCAUGUAAGUAUAAGAACCAAUUAUCCUAUGAGCAGCGGUGUUCAUGAAUUUCAUGUUCUGAAUGAGAAAGACGGCAAAUUUUCUUGGAUUGGUGUUUGCGAUGAAGGGAUCGACGUUUCCAAACACGCUAUUCUACAACCAUAUGGAUGGGCUCUGGGUUCUAGUGGUUAUGGUAUUCAUAAUAACAAACAUGUCGAAAUAGCGCAAAAAUUUGGUGAUAAUGCAAAAAUAAUUGUGCAUCUAGAUAUGGAUAAUAAGAAAAUCGCAUUUUCGGUUAAUGGGACAAGAUAUCCACCCGUUACAUCAUGGGAAAAUCUUUCAUCGAGUCUUUAUUUCGUCGCUUCAUUUAAGUUUCCGGGAAGGCUCAGAAUUUUGCAUCCAGACGAAUAA